AUGGCUAGAAGGAAGGUGAGACUGCACUAUAUUGCCAAUGAGAGUUCCCGACGAACGACAUUUAGAAAAAGAAAGAAGGGUCUUCUGAAGAAGGUGGGAGAGAUAACCACUCUCUGUGACAUCAAGGCCGCGGUGAUCAUCUACAGUCCCUUUGAUGGCAAGCCGAAGGUGUUCCCAAGUCAUCCAGAAGUCCACGAAGUGCUGACGAAGUUUCGAGAUAUGUCGCAGAAGGACAAGACAAGAAAGAUGGUCGACCAGGAGACAUUCUUGCGACAGCGAAUCGACAAAGUCCGGGAGCAGAUCAGAAAGUUGAAAAGAGACAACCGAGAAAAGGAGAUCACUCAAGUCAUGUUAGGUUGUUUGAAGGGGAGAACACUCUCUGACCUAGAAAGGAAGGAUCUGCAAGACCUCAAUUUUAUCAUUGAACGCAACCUUAGGGAGCUUGAAAUCAAACAGUGGGCUGUCGAUGAGCAUAAUGCUGAAUUGAACGCAAGAGGAAAACCAAGAGAACCAAGAGAACCAGCUCAACCAGGUGCAAGCUGA